AUGGCCGAACUCAAGGGCGAGUUCCACACCAACACGGCAGCUGCUCGGUCGCCGUCAGACCAAGACCUGCGCGGCAGUGAUACCGAGCCCAAAGUCGGCGAACUCUUUCCUGGCGAAGCAGAAGCAGGUGGUCUAGGCCGUCAUCUGGGAUUAUGGUCGACGGUGGCUUUGAUCAUCGGCCGCAUCAUCGGCACCGGCAUCUUCUCCACCCCAUCCUCGGUAGUUUCCAGCGUCGGCAGCGUGGGCGCAGCAUUCAUGCUCUGGCUGCUGGGCCUCGCGUCAUGUAUGUCCGGUCUCUUCAUCUGGCUCGAACUCGGCUGCAUGAUCCCGCGCUCCGGCGGCGAAAAAGUAUACCUGGAAGCUGCGUACCGAAGACCCAAACUCCUGGCUACCACGUUCUUUGCUUGGCAGGCUAUUCUGUUGGGCUUUACAGCGUCAGGGUGUAUUGUGUUUGCGACGUAUGUGAUCAAAGCUGCGGGUAAGACGGCGAGCGAGUGGGAGAAGAGGGGGAUUGCGCUGGCGGUGGUUACGGUGAUUUGUGCUGCUCAUACUGUCAUCCCACGAUGGGCUGUGAGGGGUAUGAAUGCACUGGUCGUCAUCAAGGUCGGAGUCCUGGUGUUCAUCGUUGUCGCUGGGUGGGCUGUGCUGGGUGGAGCCACCAAAGGCCGUAUCCCGCAUCCGACUGCAAGCUUCCAGGAUGCCUUUGCUGGAACGACGUCCAGUGGCUAUCUCUGGGCGACUGCGCUGUUCAAGGUCUUGAACUCGUAUGCUGGAUGGAGCAACGCGGCUUACGUCCUCAACGAAGUCAAAAACCCCGUUCGCACGCUGAAGAUUGCUGGACCCCUGAGUUUGACCGUCUGCGGUAUACUCUACAUGAUGGCAAACAUCUCUUACUUUGCCGCCGGCACACCGAAACAAGUGGCCAAGAGCGGACUGACUGUAGCCGGCUUCUUCAUGCACCAAGUUUUUGGUCUCGCGGCCGAAAGAGCAAUCAGCGUGCUUAUUGCCUUCUCGGCGUUUGGAAACGUCAUGACCGUCACUUUUGCCCAAGCUAGAGUGAACCAAGAACUCGCCAAAGAAGGUGUGAUUCCAUUCCCGAGGUUCUGGGCGUCUGGAUGGCCGUCAGGGGCGCCCGGCGCAGGCUUGCUGCUUCAUUGGAUCCCGAGUGCGAUUGUGAUCGUGGCGAUCCCCUUUGGAGAUGCCUACAACUUUAUUCUGGACGUCGAAGGCUACCCAGGCUCAAUCGUCAAUUUCCUGGUCGUGGUUGGAUUCUUCUGGCUUCGUUAUUCCGAGCCCGAUAUUCCACGCCCUUUCCGCUGUUGGCUGCCUGUCGCUGCAUUCUACAUGGUUGUGCAGGCCUUUUUGAUGGUUGCGCCAUUCUUGAGGCCGCCGGGUGGAAAGGGAGAUACGAGUCUGCCGUAUUGGUUGUAUCCUGUUGUUGGCAUCGUUGUGCUGACGGUAUCCGUCCUCUAUUGGGUUGUUUGGCGUGUGUUGCUGCCGUGGAUUGGAAGGUAUAGCCUUGAAGCCGAGCAUGUGAAGUUGGCGGAUGGUACUGCUGUGGUUGACUGGCGCAGAGUCAAGCGUGUCUAG